AUGUCUACCUCCAAAAGUGCGUCUGCAUUUCCUUCAAACGAUUCACACUCACAGUUUUCUAACGGUGUCGCUUUACUAUUACAUACUUGGACCGCGUUAAAGUUGGCGGUUGAAGGCCAAUGGGGUGGUGUUGAUUCGGAGGAGAAACGCGCGUGGUUAGCUGGUGUGGUGGUGGAGCAGUUCGAACAAAACGGCAAAAAAACAUACGCAGAUGAUCUCGAAUCAAUUCUAGUACAAGUGAUGUCUGAUGAAUUUAAUACGCUACUCGAAGAUGAUUCCGCAUAUCAGCUCUCACAAGAUCUAGCAAAAUUAUACAAUGAAUGUAUACAAAACAACUACGCGACAGUUGAUGCAUUACAAGAAAAAUUUAUGCAGCAAAAAAAUUCCACGAGGAAAGCACAGACAGAUGAGAUUGAUAAAGGUGUCGAGCCUUCUACACAAACUACUUCAAAGUCGCAAUUACCUAUUAUUGAUGAUGAUGGAUUUCAAUUGGUAACAAAGCGGUGGAAAUAA